AUGAGCUCGUCCGAGGCCACCACCAAGCAGUUCGGAAAGGGCGAACGCUCAGUGCCUGCCGCUUCGUCUCGUGCGAAGAGAUGGUACCCUGCUGAGGAUACGAAGGCACCAAGGAAGGCGAGAAAGACACUCCAUCCUUCCAAGUACCGGGCCACUCUCCAACCUGGCGCCGUCCUCAUCCUCCUUGCUGGUCGCUUCAGAGGCAAGCGUGUCGUCCUUCUCAAGCACUUGAAGGAAGGCGCCUUGCUUGUGACCGGUCCCUUCAAGAUUAACGGAGUGCCCCUACGACGAGUAAACUCCCGAUAUGUUAUCGCAACCUCCACCAAAGUCGACAUCAGCGGUCUCGACGAAUCGACGUUAGACAAGGUCGGCAAAGCCGAAUACUUCAGCCGGGAGAAGAAGAGUAAGAAGCAGAAGGGAGAGGAUGCUUUCAUCAAGCAGGGCGAGAAGCCUGAGAAGAAGCAACCCACCUCUGAACGUGCAUCCGACCAGAAGACCAUCGACAAGCCCCUUCUUUCCGCCAUCAAGAACGAGGAAUUCCUCGCCAGCUAUUUGCGAUCCAGCUUCAGCCUCAGACACGGCCAAAAGCCACACGAGAUGGUCUUUUAA